AUGGGCAUCGCCAUCAACAUUCGCAGCCUACUGGCUUCUGCAAAAUGCUUGGUGGUUAUUGAUGAUUUGUGGUCACUGGAUUACCUAGACUGGCUAAGCAGUUUUUUAGGAAUUAGGAAAACAGCUAGUAAAUUGGUAGCCACCACUCGGUUUCAAGAAUUAGCAACAUCCAAUCCAUCGAUUGUACUUUUCAAGUUGAGGCACCUGACUGAAGAGGAAAGUUUGGAGCUCCUUGUUCACAGAGUAUGCGUGAAUAUCCCUGAAGAUCUGCAGUUGCACGGGACGCUAGAAUUUAUUGUGAAAAGAUGCAAAGGCAUACCGUUGGCCAUUAAUGUGCUUGGAAGCUUGUUGGCAACAAAGCAGACAUCAGGUGAGUGGAAGGCAGCUCUUCGUGCUAUUGAGUUGUGUAACGUCCAUCAAGAAGAUACUUUGCAACUGUUAGAACUGGAAAUUUUAUCUUUAUGUUAUGAUGACAUGCCACACCAUUUAAAGCUUUGUUUCUUUUAUUUGGGCCUCUUCUCUGAGCAACCAAACAUAGAGGUGGAAACACCAUACCAGCUGUGGAUGGCUGAAGGCUUUGUACAACCGGACAAUGAAGAAUCUGCAAUAACAAUGAUGGAUGCAGCGGAGCAGUAUCUGGAUGAAUUAGCAACCAGAGGUUUUGUUGAGGUUAAUGAAGCUGAGGUUCCGAACAUCAGACGGUUCAAAUCUUGUCGUCUGCAUAGCAUGAUGUUAGACUUGUGUCUUCACAAGGCCAAACAAGAAAUAUUUUCUGAGGUCAUAAGAUCAUGUCAGAGAAACGAAAUCAACAAGUCUCCCACUCCAUUCGGCAACAUACGUAGACUUUCCAUGAACGUUGGUGGGGGUUAUCAGAGUGAAGAUGUAAUGGCCGUCUUGCUGAAAAAUGCUGACAUGCAUCUUGGUUAUCUUAGAGUCUUAAGAUUUGAUGGUUUUGAACUACGAGAGAGCAAAUUUGUUGGAGAAGUUGGGAAAUUGACAUCUCUGCGAUACCUAAACUUCAGAGACUAUCGCCUAAACAACCUGCCAUUAAGUCUUGGUGAGUUGUUGAACUUGCAAACACUUGAUUUGCGGGUAGUAAUAGAUCGGAUGGUUACCAUACCAAACAUCAUCUGGAAGUUAAAAAGGUUGCGGCAUCUUUAUUUGCCUUCAAAAUUUAAUGCUCGAGAGGAUGAUAAGUUGCGUUUGGAUAGUUUGGUGAACUUGGAGACGCUUGAAAACUUUGAUAGCAAUGCAUGCAGUACAACCGAUCUUCUCUUCUUGACGAGUCUUCGGAACCUAACAGCAUCUGUUAAAGGGAAUGCUAAGUCCCUGCAGGGCAUCAUCAAACGCAUAAAUAUGAACCAGAAUUGCUUAUGCCAAACCUCUAUUCGUGUAAGAUGUUUCGACGCAUUUACUGCAGAAGAGAGGAAUUUGUCAAUGAGCCAACUACUUGAGUGUCCCUCCCUUCAUACGUUGCAGAUCAAGGGAUACAUGAGCAUACUACCACAUAUAAUCCGUUACAGUCUCACUCGCAUAGUUCUAAGCCGCUCUGCACUUGUCAAUGAUCCUAUGGCAACUCUGGGGAGGUUUCCAAAUUUAUGGGACCAUGUUCUGGAAAACGGAGCUUUUCUGGGGAAAACGGAGCUUUUUUGCAUCAGGGGCAUUUGGUCAACUCAAACAUCUUACACUCUCAAGUUUGUCAAAGUUGGAGUUCUUGAUUGA